GGGUCGGAGGUGGCGGGAACGACUUGCAGUGGUGCUUCUCGCAGGUGAAAGGUGCCAUCGAUGAGGAUGUGGCGGAAGGUGUUUAAGACUUCUACCUCUGGUACUAAUUCACUGAUGUCAACGUCAUCCUUUGAUCAAGCUGAUAUAAUUUCAACUGUUGAAUUCAACUACUCUGGAGACCUACUAGCAACUGGAGAUAAGGGUGGCAGAGUCGUAAUAUUUCAACGGGAGCAAGAGAGUAAAAAUAGACCUCACCACAGAGGUGAAUACAAUGUUUACAGUACCUUUCAGAGUCAUGAACCAGAGUUUGACUACUUGAAAAGUCUAGAAAUUGAGGAAAAAAUUAAUAAAAUUAGGUGGUUACCCCAACAGAAUGCUGCUCAUUUCUUACUCUCUACAAAUGAUAAAACUAUUAAAUUAUGGAAGAUCAGCGAAAGAGACAAAAGGGCAGAGGGUUAUAAUUUGAAGGAAGAGGAUGGAAGAUUUAGGGAUCCUGUCAGAAUUACAACACUACGGGUGCCAGUGUUGAAGCCUAUGGACUUGAUGGUAGAAGCAAGCCCCCGAAGGAUAUUUGCAAAUGCACACACCUAUCAUAUUAACUCAAUUUCAGUAAAUAGCGACUAUGAAACCUAUCUUUCAGCAGACGACCUUAGAAUUAACCUAUGGCAUUUAGAAAUCACAGAUAGAAGUUUUAACAUUGUAGAUAUUAAACCUGCCAACAUGGAAGAGUUGACAGAAGUUAUUACAGCAGCAGAAUGUCAUCCACAUCAGUGCAAUGUUUUUGCCUACAGUAGUAGUAAGGGAACCAUAAGGCUUUGUGACAUGCGUGCUGGUGCUCUUUGUGACAAACAUUCAAAGUUUUUUGAGGAACCAGAAGAUCCAAGCAGCAGAUCGUUUUUCUCUGAAAUUAUCUCCUCAAUUUCAGAUGUGAAGUUCAGCCACAAUGGUCGGUAUAUGAUGACAAGAGACUACCUGUCUGUUAAGGUGUGGGAUGUGAAUAUGGAAACAAGACCAGUAGAAACAUACCAGGUACAUGAAUACCUUCGAAGCAAAUUGUGUUCCUUAUAUGAGAAUGACUGCAUCUUUGAUAAGUUUGAAUGCUGCUGGAAUGGUUCUGACAGUGCUAUCAUGACUGGCUCAUACAACAACUUCUUCCGGAUGUUUGAUAGAAACACCAAGCGGGACAUCACACUUGAAGCAUCCCGAGAAAGCAGUAAACCACGUGCCAUCUUGAAACCACGGAAGGUUUGCACAGGUGGAAAAAGGAAGAAAGAUGAAAUUAGUGUUGACAGUCUGGACUUCAACAAGAAGAUCCUACACACAGCUUGGCACCCUAAAGAGAACAUCAUAGCUGUUGCUGCAACCAACAACUUGUAUAUAUUCCAGGACAAAGUAAAUUAAAAUUGGCCUAUUUUAAGACAAGAUUCAUUCUUGCAUAGUUAAGCCUAGCCAUUUUUCAUUAAAGGAAGAAAUUGUAUUGUCCUCCCAAAUUAAUAAAUUUGAUGCACAUACCUCCUUGUACAGCUAUAGGAGAAACACUGGCCUGUCCAUUCAUUAUUGUGGUGAAUUUCUGCCUUCAGUCAGGACAUUCUUUUCCAUGGCAAAUUCUCCAGACAUGAGAAGCCCAUCAGCAGCAGACUAAGGACAGUAUACCUCACAUAAAGGCCAGCUUCUCUAAUAUUGAUUUGUUUUUAAUCACGUCUGAGCUUUCCUUCAAGGUAAAAGACCAAAAGUGGAACACAAGGAAAACCAUUAAUGUCCGUGUAUUCUCUCCUUACUGUAAUUUUUUUUGGCCUUUCUGAACAUGACUUGUGCUUGAUGAUGCCUGUAAACAUUCCUCCUCUGGUCUCCUCUUCGGCUCAGGUGUUCUGAGCUGGAACACUUUAAUAAUGGGUCUUGAGUUGGGUCAGUGGACAUGUGGUAUUUCCUGUAUAAUAACAUUUACUCACUGACUGUAUCUAUAACCACACCAUCUGGUGUAAAAAACACUUAAUAAAAUAACGAAAAUCAUAAAGAAAUGUGUUUUUAAAUCUAAGAUAUGUAUUGCGGUUUUGUGAUUCUUUUUGCAAUAUGUACUGAAAGCUUAGUUUCAAAUGACUGUUUGACCUGGAUAAUCUUGCAUGUUAUAGGCACUUUUCUGGACCAUGGAAAAAGUGACAUACUAUACUGUAUCAUACUAGAAGUUAGAUUUCAUUUGCACCAAGUGUUUCACAUAUAGAUGACAUAUGAAAAAUCAACUAAUACAUGCAUUAUUCUGGAAAAAUUAUAUUUUUAUAGUCCUAUUCUUGAGAAAUAUUAAUUUGUCAGGGGAACCAAUUCGAAUAAGAGCUGCGGAGUUAAAUAAGUUGUCUUACACUUCCUGCAAAUGGCUCUGUUUGAUUUUUUUUUGUUGUUGCUGAGAACUUCCUAUUAUGGUCUUCUGUACCCCAUUUAUUGCAGUGUAGAAAUGUCAUGUCCUAUGUUUUAAAUUCUUUGUAUUUAACAAAUAUGCUACAAUACAAGUAUUCCUAUUUAUGGAUUUAACCAAGGAUAGAUUUCUGACAUUUGUUCAGAUUUACCCAGCAACAGACUUAAUUUUCUCUGGAAUGGGGUAAGGGUUUCUUUGGAUUUGAAAAGCCAAGAAAUGUUUCCAUUUAUUUCUACUCUUCCUCCCCUACAUAUCUUCAUGUGAGAAUCCAGCUGGUGAGCAGGGUUUACGUGGAGAUGCUUGGGUGGGGACAAAGCUUCUGAAUUUUCAUUUCAUCUUUUUGAGGUACUGUUUACAAAAUGAUCAGCAGUUGUUCUGUUCCCCUCAAAAAGCACAUUUUGAUAAUUGACUUGCGGAUUUGCACCUCUGUUCAAGUUUGAUGGUAAUGAUUUUCCCUUCCGAAAGGGAGUAGAGGUGAGAGAUUUAUUUUGCAGAAACCAGUGCUGAUCAAUCAGCGUGAAGUCCUUUUUAUCACUGAACGUAGUAACUUUCAUUUUCUUAUCCUACAAAACUUAACAUGAAUACUUGUGAUGUAACAUAUUGUUGCAUGAUUAUUUCAUUUAGCCACAGUAAAGGGAGUUUGUUCAAAACUCAUUGCAAUAUUUUUGUGCCAGGGCUAUUUCAAUAUUAAAUAUAAUUUAUUUCAGUAAGUAAGAAAAAAAAGAUAAAAGGUUUACCUUUUGCACAGACAUAAUGUUUGGUCAUGAAAGAUGUUCAUUUCAAUUUGAAUUUGACAAGUUAUUGAAAUUCAGAAAAUUAUUUGGGGUUUUACAGUAUUUUGCAUGAGGUCUGCAGACAACUGCAGAAAAUCAAUGUAGCAAAGAAUUUACUGCCCUUGAGUUAGUUGAGACUUCCUCAGUUUCUAAUCUGUUCUAAUUUAUUGAAUGUUUGUUUCAAAAUUCUAAGUAGGACAUUGUAUUAUAAAUGUAAAUGAGUUGUAAUAAUGCCUUCGAUUUCAAUUUUAGCAGUUUUGAACAUUAGGUUUGACCUGGUGCCAAAACAUGUUCAGAUGUGCUAAAAUUCAGUAGUAUUGCAUGUGCCUUUUUGUUUUUUUAACCAUAAUUAUUUAAUAAAUUUUAAUUGUAUAAAAUCUGUUUAGACUAAGAUGUAUAUGGUCAAUAAGGUUCUAAGUAAAUGAUCCUUUUUAAUGACUGGUAAUUUUUUUGUGGGAAUAAUGAUUCACAGUUCAGGAUGGAAUUAAAAUCGGGAGUUUCAUAUUUGUGAAAUAUGAGAAGACUGAUAUUCUCUUCAUCCUGUCAAUCACUACUACAUAAUAAUAAUGAAUUAUCUUAAUAUUUGUUCUUUUGUCUAACUGAUUAAAAUCUUGGAGCAAACUUUACUGUAGGACCAGUUAAUAUACCAAUUAAUAUCCGUUUAAUCUGCUAUGAAUGCUUCACUUUAUCCAAGUUUACAUACAUAUUCUUUGGGGAUGUAAAGACGAGCAAAAAAAAAAUUACAUCUUGCUAUAAGAUUAUUUAAUUCAUUCUGUGCUGUUUGAUUUAAAUGUUUUAAUUAAAUUAGAACGGAUGCUCAUGCUUUAAAGAUAGUUAAAGUUACUACGUUCAGUUUUUUUUUAAAAAAAAGCCACUGAUGAGUGGGAAAUUGAGUCAUACUCUGCUGAAUUAGUUCAUCUAAAUUUGGGAGCUGAAAGUUAUGCAACAGUUGGACCUUAAUGUCCCUUAGUUAAUGUCCCUUUGCCUCCCCCCUCCCCACCCCCGUUCGAAAAUGGAUGUCCAUUAAAUGCUGGAUAAUGAUUGACCCAAAUUGAUAUACUUUAUCUAAACCAUUACAAACGGUCUAUUGUCCAUUCAUUAUUGUAGUGAAUUUCAUGUGAGGCCCACCUCCUCAUCUGGUUCUCAGCAGACCUAUAUUUAAUUCAAAUUGGAUCUGUAAUUCUCCCCCACCCUCCGCAGUGCAAAUGCCCAGUCUCAACUGCUAAAGUGAAAUAAAUGAAAUUAAAUGGUGCAUUCCUGUGAUUUGGCUGAAAUGCAACAGUGGGAUUAUUGCUCUUGACAAAUUAGUGAGUAACACUGUUUGACUGGCACUUAAUGAAUGGCUCACUGCGUACUGUAUACCAGCAAUUUUUUUCCUUUAGAAGAAGUGUUCAUCUUUUGCUUCAGUUGGUAAAUGCACGUUCCAAUAUAAAGCUGCUCCAAACAG